AAGCAAAUCACGUACUGAGUUUGGACGCGUCGAUGCCACGCCAACGCGGUUGAUACUCUUCGAUCGUACAAUCAAAAAGGCGGAGAGAUUGGCUACAAAUUAAUCUCUUGAUUUGUUUCUCCUAAUCGCCAUUUUCACGGAGCACACCAAAUUUUCUCUUCUUCUUUGGUUUCUUACUCUUGGAAACUUGAAGAAAAAUGGGAGGCGGGAAGGAAGAGGAAAGUAAAGACAAAGGCCUGUUUUCAAGUAUGGCGUCGUUUGCUGCAGGGCAGCACUAUUCUCAUCCUCAUGGAUAUCCACCACCACCACCGUACGCAGGAGCUGGAUAUCCCCCUCCGGGAGGGUACCCUCCGGCUGGGUAUCCACCUCCUGGCGGAUAUCCUCCGGCUGCGUAUCCACCUCCUGGCGGAUAUCCUCCGGCUGCGUAUCCACCUCCUGGCGGAUAUCCACCGGCUGGCUAUCCUCCUCACGGUGCAUACCCUCCCGCUGGCUAUCCUGCCCCCCAUCAUUACCCUGGCCACGGAGGCCAUGGACUCGGUAUGGGGGGGUUGUUGGCUGGUGGUGCAGCUGCUGCAGCCGCUGCUUACGGCGCUCAUCAUCUUGCUCAUGCACGCCCAUUUGGGUUUGGUCACGGAAAAUUCAAACAUGGGAAAUUUGGCAAGCGUUGGAAGCAUGGAGGAGGCAAAUUCAAAAAAUGGAAGUGAUGAAAUUGCUAGAAGCUUAUAUGUGAGUUCUUAGUCCAAAACCUUCAAGAAAAUAAAUGAAUAUUGUAUUUUAAUGUUCGAGUGUUUAUUUCAUUACAUUGGCUUCUUUUUGUAAAGAUUUCAACAAUUUUAUUAUUAUAUAUAGUUUUAUCUUUA